AUGCUAGGCGUGGCUGGUGCCCUGUUUACCCUCGUGUUCGCCAUCAGUUAUUUCAUCCUCGUCCCCUUCAUCACCUACCUCCGCGACCAAAAGGGCCUGCGAAAAUACCCCAAUUUGUCACUUUGGUCUGGAAUAUCGGACUUGCCUUUCAUCUACGAAGCACACAGGGGCUUCCGGUCGCACGCGCUGCUAGAAGCUCACAGGAAGUCGCCGGUCGUGCGGAUUGGGCCGAACUCGCUCUCGUUUUCCAGCCCCGAGGCGAUCAAGGACAUUUACGGGCACAACACAAAAUGCAGCAAGGACGUCUUCUACCAAGAGCUGGCGGGGAGCCAUUUUCACCUUGCGGAUGUCGUCGACAAGCCCGAGCACGCUCGGAAGAGGAAGAUGUUGUCAAGUGCCUAUGCCAUUAAGAAUUUGGAGGGAUGGGAACACAAGGUUGCAGACAUGACGGCUCGGUUGAUCAGGGCGUUCGACGCUCGAUGCUCUGCACCACGGCCCAAGGGCCAGCUGCCGACGAAGGAAGACCUCACUGUCGAUUAUCGCAUGUGGACCAACCUAUUCACCGUGGCAGCGAUUGCCAACAUCGGGCUGAGUGAAGAUCUGGGCUUCCUAGACCGAGGAGAUGACCUAAUUACCUCCGAGGCCGCUGAUGGAACACUGAAGAAAGUCCACUUCAGAGAGUGCCUACACGCCACGGCAUGGGCACAGUCGAAUCUAGUCUGGUCUUACAGCUGGUACAAGAGACUGGUUCGCCUGAGUAAAAUCUUCUCUCGUACCUACCGGGAAAAGUGGCGGUUCAACCAAGACUGGGACGGCAUUGUACGAAACCGGGCCACGACAAGGUUCAAGCGAUACCUGGCCGGUGAACAGCUGGACGACUUUUUCACGGCCAUCUUGCACGACAAGUCAGGCAGGCCCAACAACCUCGAGUGGGGCGAAAUGGUCGCCGAAGUCAGCAUCAUGAUGAAUGCCGGCAGCGACACGACGGCAAUUGCAAUGAACAAUGCAAUGUUCUUGCUCUUGAAGAAUCCAGCCUGUCUGGAGAGGCUCAGAGAAGAGUUGGACAAUGCCCUCGGGGACGACGAGGGGGUCGCGUCCUACGACAGGAUCAAGCACCUCCCUUACCUCCGGGCCUGUCUUGACGAGAGCUUACGCCUCUUCCCGCCAACGACCUUUGGGUUGCCUCGUCGCACGCCGGCCGAAGGAGCGCCAGUCGCGGGCGAUUUUAUUGCAGGAGACACCUCAGUGUCCAUGUCCUCGUACGUGGUGCACCGGGACAAGACUAUCUUUCCAGAUCCAGAAGAGUACAAGCCCGAGAGAUGGUUAGGGCCAGCAGGCAAGGAGUUGCAGCCUUAUUUCAUUGCCUUUUCUGCCGGGGCACGGGGCUGCAUUGGUCGAAAUAUAAGCUAUUUAGAACAGAUGGUUCUGUUGGCCUCUGUAAUUCACCGGUUCGAGUUCGCUUUGCCACACCCUGAGUGGGAGCCGACGAGGAGGGAGAAUUUCAAUCUCUCGCCAGGGCCUAUGCCGCUGAAGGUCUGGAGACGGGAGAGGAUGCAUGAAUGA